UGUAUUUACAACAGCUUUUGAACUUUGAAACAUUGGGCAUAGGGGUACCGACAACUUUUUCCCAUUUAUCUUGUCACUGCAACUGUUACGAGACAUGACUGUGGAGAUCUUUCACAAUGGGGAGUGUCAUCAGUAAAGCUGCGAACGGCAUUGGAGGUGUUCUUGGAAAUACUUUCGUAGCUCCACUUAAGACUAUCUUUGGUGCAUCAUGCGAGGGUGUUUGUUCAGGACCAUGGGAUGUGGUAUGUUUCAUUGAGCAUUUAUGUGUCUCCAAUCUGGUGAAGCUGUUAAUGAUCUUGGUCCUUUGCUUCAUAAUGUUAUUGUUCUGCUACUUACUGUUCAAGGUGGGCAUCUGUCAAUGCAUUGGAAGAAGCCUUUGUAAGAUGUGUUGGGCAGCUUGCGAGACAUAUUGGUUUGCUUUAGAAGACAUUACCUGUUUCUUGUGUCACAGAUUAAAGAACACCAAGAGGAUAAACCGUUGGCGCAGGCACCGUUUUCAAGAUAUUGAACUAGGGUACAGUUCAAGUGAUGAAAGUGAUUUGUCAGAUAAUUAUCUUCAUUUAGAUGUGAGUAGAAAGCGAAGGUCAGUUAGAGAGAGAAGAAAGGAUCGGCUUCGGAGCUCGCUUUACCCUUCAAGAAGGCACAGUAGCCGCAGUCACCAUAUCCAUCAUGUACGAUUAAAGAGUAGGGAACCAUCCAUUCAUGUUAAGGGUGGCUCUCAAUGAUUAAUGAGCUCGAGACAACUCCAAUUGAGUAAGGUAAGAAAUGCUCAAACAGAGGCUGGGAGUUUUAAGAGGCGGCGGCUUAGAUGAUCAUAAUAAUUUUGGUGUUAUCACUAGCUAGAAAAUAGAAGUAUCUUUAGUUGAAAAUUUGUGGGAGUGUCAAAACAGUUGUGAUUGAUAAGAAGUUCUUCAUUCUUUCCU